CACCGCGGCUCUCUGGUUUUGUGUGGGUCCUGGGUGGAGGGCCCGGGUGCCGGGGCCCGAGGUGCCGCCUCGCUAGCGGGACAGGGAGCGGGAGCAGCGGCCCGGAGAGAGGACCAGCCUUCCCAUCCUCCAGUGUCUCUGUCUCGACCCCUCCCACGCCUCCAAACCCUUCCCUGCCCUGGACCAGCCAGUCAGUGCGAGGGUCCUCGCGAAUCCAGGAGCUGCUUGCUGCUUCCAAGCGCGAUUCUACUGGCCCAGCCUUCCUAGGGGUGCUUAGGACACCCGUUACCCACAUCUUCGAGGGUAGCUUUUGCACAGGCUCCAGUGUCUACAGGGCGGGAGGAUGGAAACAGACCCUAAUUGGAACUGAGGUUCAGGGCAGCUCUCAGGGCCUGUGUGGGGCAAGAGGAUGCUUUCCCAGCCCCACCAUGGAGCUGCGCUGUGGGGGAUUGCUGUUCAGUUCUCGCUUUGAUUCAGGGAACCUAGCCCAUGUGGAAAAGGUGGACACGGUUUCUAGCGAUGGGGAAGGAGUAGGAGGCGGGGCUUUAGCCCCCACUGGUAGCAUUGCUUCCCCUGACUACGAGUUCAACGUGUGGACCCGGCCGGACUGUGCUGAAACAGAAUUUGAGAACGGGAACAGGUCAUGGUUCUAUUUCAGUGUCCGGGGAGGAACUCCAGGGAAACUUAUCAAGAUCAACAUUAUGAACAUGAACAAGCAAAGCAAGCUAUAUUCUCAGGGUAUGGCCCCCUUUGUGCGCACGCUGCCAUCUCGGCCACGCUGGGAACGCAUUAGAGACCGGCCCACCUUUGAGAUGACAGAGACACAGUUUGUGCUAUCCUUUGUUCACCGUUUCGUAGAGGGCCGGGGAGCCACCACCUUCUUCGCCUUCUGCUACCCCUUCUCCUACAGCGACUGCCAGGAUUUGCUAAGCCAGCUAGACCAGCGCUUUCCAGAGAAUCACUCUACCCAUAGCAGUCCUCUGGAUAGCAUUUAUUACCACCGGGAGCUUCUCUGCUAUUCUCUGGAUGGACUUCGGGUAGAUCUACUAACAGUCACUUCCUGCCAUGGGCUUCGAGAAGAUCGGGAGCCCCGUCUAGAGCAGCUAUUCCCUGAUCUUAGCACUCCCCGACCCUUCCGUUUCACAGGCAAAAGGAUAUUCUUCUUAAGCAGCAGGGUACACCCUGGAGAGACUCCGUCUAGCUUUGUCUUCAAUGGCUUUUUGGACUUCAUCCUUCGACCUGAUGACCCCCGGGCGCAAACCCUACGUCGACUCUUUGUCUUUAAGUUGAUUCCUAUGUUAAACCCUGAUGGUGUGGUUCGGGGCCACUACCGCACAGACUCCCGUGGGGUGAAUCUCAACCGUCAGUACCUGAAGCCUGACGCCAUCCUGCACCCAGCCAUCUAUGGAGCGAAAGCUGUGCUCCUCUACCAUCACGUGCACUCCCGGCUCAAUGCCAAGAGUCCCUGUGCCCCGCAGCCCAGUCUCCAUCUCCCGCCUGAGACUCCUCUUUCUGACCUUGAGAAAGUCAACAACCUCCACAAUGAAGCUCACCUUGGACAGCCACCUGAUGGGGAAAGCCCUGAGACCUGGGCUGAGACAGAGCCAGCAGCAGAAGAGAAGACUGACACUGUGUGGGUCCCGCCACAACAGUCUCCUGAACUGGAAGAGCCAGCCCCUGACACCAUCCCCCCAAAAGAGAGUGGUGUUGCUUACUAUGUGGACUUGCAUGGACAUGCUUCCAAAAGGGGCUGCUUCAUGUAUGGAAACAGCUUUAGUGAUGAGAGUACCCAGGUGGAAAACAUGCUAUAUCCAAAGCUCAUCUCCUUGAAUUCAGCCCACUUUGACUUCCAGGGCUGCAAUUUCUCAGAAAAGAACAUGUAUGCCCGAGACCGUAGAGAUGGCCAGUCCAAAGAGGGAAGCGGUCGUGUUGCAAUCUACAAAGCCUCAGGGAUAAUACACAGCUACACACUUGAAUGCAACUACAACACUGGACGCUCAGUAAACAGCAUCCCUGCUGCCUGCCAUGACAAUGGGCGCGCCAGCCCCCCUCCGCCUCCAGCUUUCCCCUCCAGAUACACUGUGGAACUAUUUGAGCAGGUGGGACGAGCUAUGGCCAUCGCAGCUCUGGAUAUGGCAGAAUGUAACCCCUGGCCCCGAAUUGUGCUGUCGGAACACAACAGCCUUACUAACCUGCGGGCCUGGAUGCUAAAGCACGUGCGCAACAGCAGAGGUCUGACCAGCACUGUGAGCGUGAGCGUGGGUGUGAGCAAGAAGAGAGGAGCUCGAACUCCACCCAAAAGUAACAAUGGAUUGCCCAUUUCCUGCUCUGAAAACACCUUGAGCAGGGCUCGAAGUUUUAGCACUGGCACAAGUGGUGGUGGUAGCAGCAGCAGCCAACAAAAUUCUCCACAGAUGAAGAACUCUCCCAGCUUUCCUUUUCAUGGCAGUCGGCCUGCAGGGCUGCCAGGCCUGGGCUCUAGCACCCAAAAGGCCAGCCAUCGGGUGCUGGGCCCUGUCAGAGAGCCCCGAUGCCCAGACAGAAGACGGCGGCAGCAGCCACUGAACCAUCGUCCUACCACAAGCAGCCUGGCCCCAUCCCCAACUCUUGCUAGUUCUGGCCCAGCCUCCUCACGAAAUCUGGGCUCCUGUCUACUGCCCAAUUCACUCAGCUUAUCAGGGAGCAGCUGCUCAUUCCCGUCUUCAGGGGACAAGUCAGAGGCUGUCAUGGUGAUUGGGAAAAGUCUGCUAGGGGCUGGUGCUCGGAUCCCCUGCAUUAGGACUCGUUUGCAGGCUAGGCCCAGGUUGGGCCGGAGCUCACCGCCGACUCGCAGAGGGAUGAGAGGCUCUACAAGCCCCACAUCCCCUAUCCCCCAGACCAGAGAGAGCAGUGAGCUGGAGCCGGGACCCCGCUCUGCUACACCAGGGCUGCCUCAGGCCGGCCCCCCACGGCCCCACUCUGCCCCUGCCUUUUCUCCUAAUUCCUGUACUCUAUCUGACUCCCCAACCCGGAUUUGUUACAGCAAGGGGCCCCUGAACCAGUGUGAGGUUUGUUUCAUCCCUAAAUCUCCAUCACUCACUAUUUCUCCCAGGGUCUGACCAUGCCUUUACCUCCAUGCCCAGGACAUAGACCUAAGGUGAGGGAACACAGUGAACGAUACGUUAGUCCCGGCUUCCAGCUGCUGGUAUCAUGUGACAACAUAGCUCCUUGGGAUACCACGCGUCCAAGGCCUUGCAGAACAUCACCUUGAGACAGAACAAAACAGGGACCUGCCACCCCUUCCCUCCCUCCACAGCACAAGAUUUUGGGACCACAAAAAAAUAUAUAUAUUUAUAUUUUUGUAUUGGGGGGAGGGAAUAGAAAAGAAAGCAGCCCCUAUACUGGGCCCUAUUCAGUGGCAGCUUCUUGUUCCAUA